AUGUAUCGUAGAUCUUUGAAACCUGUUCAAUUAGCUACGUUAUAUGAAAUAUUAAUACCAAUCAUUCGACAUUAUUUAUUCGUUAUCUAUCUAUCUAUCUAUCUAUCUAUCUAUCUCAAUGUCUUUAUAUCUAUUCAUAUCUAUUUACCUUCAAUUUCUAUGUAUGUAUCUAUCUAUAUCAUUAUCUUUCUAUCUAUUCAUAUCUAUCUAUCUUUCUCUUCAUAUUUAUCAAUCCAUUUCAGUCUCUAUCUAGCAUCUAGCUAUCUCAGUGUCUUUCUUUCUUUCUAUCUAUCAGCCCAUCUGUCUUUUUCUAUCUAUCUAUCUAUCUAUCUAUCUAUCUUUCUCAAUUUCUUUCUGACUAUCUCACAUUCUAUCUCAAUCUCUUUUUCCUAUCUAUCUAUCUAUCUAUCUAUCUAUCUAUCUAUCUAUCUAUCUCAGUCUCUUUAUAAGGAAAUUUUCUUGUUAAACUCUGUUUAA